AUGGCGCUGUCUCUCUUGCUCGUCGGGUUGGCCACCUCUUGUCUGGCCCAGCAAAUUGGCAAGCUCACUGCCGAGGUGCACCCACCAUUCCGGAGUGAGAGAUGCACCGUUGAGGCCGGCUGCACCGCUCAAAACACCUCCAUUGUACUAGAUUCUGAUUAUCGUUGGACUCACACCGUCAACGGCUACGACAACUGUAAGCCCGACGGGCUGGAUACCGCUCUGUGUCCCGACGCGAAGACGUGCUCUGCAAACUGCGCCCUCGAGGGCGUCAAUUAUACGAGCUACGGCAUCGACGCGUCCGACAGGUCGCUCACCCUUAAACUCUUCACCGACGAGAAUGGCGUCACAAAGAUGUCCUCUCCGCGCGUCUACCUGCUCAACGAACACUCAGAGUACGAGACCUUCUCGAUGUUGAACAAGGAAAUAAGCUUCACGGUCGACGUGAGCAAGCUUCCCUGCGGCACCAACGGUGCUCUAUAUUUCAGUGAGAUGCUAGCCGACGGCGGGAGAAGCGACCUGAAUCCCGCUGGUGCCUCCUAUGGAACAGGCUAUUGCGACGCCCAGUGCCCUACACCUGCAUUCAUCAACGGCGAGGCAAACAUAGAAAAGCAUGGUGCUUGCUGUAAUGAGAUGGACCUGUGGGAGGCGAAUUCAAAAGCGCAAGCUCUGACACCCCACCCCUGCAACAUCACACAGGUCUACAAGUGCAGUGGUGCUGCCUGUGGGACUGGCAACAAGUAUGCUAGCGUCUGUGACAAGGACGGCUGUGAUUUCAACCCCUAUCGGCUUGGACAGACAAGAUUCUAUCAACCAAAUGCCACCGUCGACACGACGCGACCCUUCACCGUGGUGACUCAGUUCCUAACAACGAAUGGAACUGACCAAGGCGACCUGAAGGAGAUUAGACGAUUGUAUGUCCAAGAUGGCCGAAUUAUUGAUAACGCGGUAGUGUCUGCUGCUGGCUUUAACAGGGAAAAUUCACUUACGGACGCCUUUUGUGCGAAGGAGAAGCAGGUAUUCGGCGGUGUCAACGCGUUCGCGAAUCAAGGUGGGCUGAGAGGCAUGGGGGAAGCACUCCGCCGAGGAAUGGUCCUCGUAUUCAGCAUUUGGGACGAUGCUGGAAGCGCAAUGAAGUGGUUGGAUGGAACUUUUCCUACAGAUGCUGAUGUCAAGACUCAGCCUGGCACCGGUCGAGGUCCAUGUGCAGCAAACGAGGGCUCAGCCCAAUCCAUCAAGGAGAAGUCCCCUUGGGUUCAGGUCACCUUCUCGCAGGUCAAGAGCGGUGAGAUAGGAUCAACCUUUGGACCGAAGGGGGUGAAAGGUCUUGUGCCAAGGAUCCGCGGAGGCGCGUUACCUCGAUCCCUCAAGCCGCUCUUCCUCAACACGACUACAGUCAAUAUUCGACCGACGGCGCCGCAAAUCCCUACUACGCGGAGACCGGCUCCUACUGGAUCUAGUAGACCGACAGCCUCUCGAUCAACGUCGAGAAGCCUGACAAUUCCCAUCCCAACGCUUUCGCUGCCCACCGCCUACCCUACCAACAGGCAAGCCCGGACCAAGUGGUCCCAACCGACCGACAACGACCCGAUCACGAACCCCCAUACCAACGGGUCCGACGAGACCUACAAGGACAGUUCCGAGACCCAGCGGCACAAGCAGGCCUACACCACCUUGGAAUACCCCGACAACAAGAACAGGAACUAG